AUGUCUCUCCCUCCCGAACAGAUCAACAUUAAACGGCGGCGAGAAGAGGAGCCUGUCGAUACGCUAUAUAUCCAAUCUGAGCUCCAUCAAACCAAACGCCGCUUCACUGAUUUUAUCUUCCAGCGGGUGCGUGUCCAGGCUCAGGAUAAGAAUGGUUCGCCUUCCGGGCUGGCGGCCGCCCCGAGGGCGCUUCGCAGCCCCCGCUCAACGAGCAGUUUGGGAGUAAACGGGCCCUCUCCCGGCGGGGUGCCAACGGUGAGAGCGACGUCUCCCGGCGCGGAGUUUCGCGAGGAACAACGCCUCGCAGCCGUGAAGCGGGAGACGCAGGAGAAGUACCACCGGGCGUUGCAUUCGUCGCCGGCUACGCCCCGCGGUGGAGGGGUGGCGACCCCCCUGAUGACCAUGUCGGGAUCUCAUGGGAGUCCUAGUUCAUCGCCUGGUGCGGGAAGCUGGAAUAUGCGUAAAUUCCAGAUAUCCAGAUCGAGCACGCCCGGCUUGCGGGUCGGUAAUGCUGGCGGGGUGCAGAAGAGAAAAGCAGGGGGAGGGGAUACGACACCCGGGAGUCCCGCGCCCGUGGCUAUUCUGGUUGAGAAGUUGAGGAAGAAGCCUAAAGCGUUGAUGGCGGUGGAUCUUGCGCUCCAGACGCAUGCUGUGAGCACUGAGGAAGAUUUUCAUGAGGAGAAGAAAGAGGAGGAGGAGGAGCCCGUUCGUGUGAGGAAGCGGCCGGUGGUUAACCAAGCGGAAAAGAAAUGGAGAGCAGAGCGCCAGGCGGCAAUUUCCGCGGCCAAGCAGCACAUCUCGGAGGUUCUGGACAAGGAGGCCCACGCACAUCAACAGCACAGCUGGGAUGAACAGUCUGAGCGGUUGGCGAGGGAGUUGGAACAGGUCGCGUUGGAGUUGGAUGGCAUGGACGACGACCAGGCACAGAUACACAUGCCUACGACACCUAUGCCUACAUCCUCGCAGAGACUCAGCGGGCCCAAACCCGUCCUGAAAUACCAGCCCAAAUCGCCCAACAAGCCACGCUCGUCGGAGGCAAUCCAAGCCGAGCUCGCGACCGAUACUAACCCCGACGAUGAAGAAGACAGCGACGGCGACUACGUCUACGACACCUACAUCCGCCAGCAACUGCCGUCGGGGGUGCAGGUUACGGAUCCGAUGGCGAUGCAUCUGGAUCAACCGCCGAGUUGGUUCCAGCAGGUGGGGAUCGAUCCUUCCCGCUCAGACAUCGGCGUCAUCGUCAUCACCCAGGAGGAUGAAGCGUACUGGGAGCAUUUUGCAGAGGAGGACGAAGAUGACGAGGAUCGGUGGGACAGCGAAGAUGCGGACUCGAAUGCCGAGAAUAAUCCCGCCAAUGAUUAUCCGGAAGAGGAGCUGUCGUCAGACGACGAGAACGAUGAUCCCACGGCGGUAUACGGCCGUUAUCGACACCGCGGCGCAUCGGACGAGGAGGAAUACGACGUCGAGGGAUACGACAGCGAGGGCGAGAUCGGGGGGCGGUACUCGUGGAAGAGGGAGGGGCAGUCCGACAGUGAAAUGGAUUGGUGA